AUGUUUAUGUUAAUAAUCGAGGUCCUAAAAUACUGCGAGCACCUGCACGGCAAAUGGUAUUUCAGCGAGAUCCGCGCUAUCUUCUCGCGCCGCUACUUGCUGCAGAGCAUCGCUAUCGAAAUGUUCCUGGCCAGUCGAACGUCCAUAUUCUUCGCGUUCCCCGACCAGGCGACCGUCAAGAAGGUAAUCAAGGCGUUACCUAGAGUGGGCGUGGGAAUCAAAUACGGCAUCCCGCAGACCAGGCGUGUUCUAUCAGAA